AUGAAGCAACUGGACCCCAACAUCAUGCUGAUAGACAACCACAAGUUGAUCGAUCCAGUAGAAGCAGUACUCUCCAGGGACCACCUAGACUACAAUGUCCGGCGAAAGCAAUUACGCCAGGCUAUCUUACAAAGAGUCGUACGCCAUCCUUCCAGCCACGACCAUCUCGUCGUCUUCACAGACUUUCAAUCGGACAACGAGCUGGGCCAAAGUGUUGCACAAGAGUACGCGAGCGCUGCAAGGAAUGCAGACCGCCCCUUUCUUCCCGUGUACUUGACUUGUGGCCUUGAGGCAAACAUUGAACGGGUAGACAACGCGGAGAGGGUGGCGAGCGGCACGACCAAGUUACUCGAUCAGGAGCUUCUGCGAGAUAUGAGGGGGCGGUGUGAGCUGUUUAGGUUUCAGGGAUAUCCGGGCUUGAUGAUUGAUUCAACGGAGAAGACGCCUUUGGAGAACGCCAAGAAGAUUCUUGACACAGUGGAGGGAUGGCGAGAUGCAGAGUAA